AUGAAUCCUAAGUUCACCCAAACCGAUGAAACAGUCCUUCGGGGACCACGAAGAACAGAGUUCGACUUUUCCGAUUUUGAUCAUUCAGGAAUUCCCCUAGAAGAGGAAGAAUGGCCGGUCGUUAUUAUUGGAUCGAGCAUGGUAGGAAUGGCACUAGGAAUUCUACUGGGAUAUUGGGGUAUAGAAUCGGUGGCCUUCGACCGACAUCCCUCAACGGCCACGCACCCUCGCGCGGCCCUCUUCCUCCUCCGUACAAUGGAAAUCUUCCGACAACUUGGACUAGAGGAGGAUAUGCUUCGCGCCAGCAAAUCCAAUUUUGAUCUGGAUGCAGGGAUGCUUCUGGUGGAGCGGUUGAUUGGCGGGAAGGUCAUCGCCAAAAUGCAGGAGGCAGAUCCGGAACAGACAGCCAAGAUCACGCCUUGCAAGCGAGUAUGGCUAACGCAGAACAUGUUCGAGCCUUUACUCCGGAGAGAAGCCCAUAGAUUCGGCGCGAAACAAGUUUUCUCGACUAGGGUCGUGCAUUACGAUGAGCAUGACGACAGUGUGAUUGUGGUUGUGCAGAACCUCACCACAGGGAAAUAUUCCAAGUACAAGACUCAGUACUUGGUCGCGUGUGAUGGAAAUCGUAGCCCGACACGUCGCAAGGAAGGCAUCGAGUGGAUAGGGCCAGGAACAUUCAGCAACAAUAUCUCUAUCAACUUCAGGGCAGAUCUAACUCCUUACUUGGGUUCCCGGGCAGUGCAUGGAGUGACAUAUGUGGUCAAUAAGGACGUUAGUGGAGGAUUUCGUCUGGAAGAUGGAGGCAAGCGUGGCUUUUUGAUCGUGUCUCGUCUGCAUGAUAGACACGACUUCGAGCCGGACUCCGUCACAGAGCAGGAUGCGAGAGAUGCCGUUUUUGCGGCAUCCGGAAUACAGGAAGAUAUCUCCCUCGACAUCGACUUUGUUUCUUACUGGAGUGUAGCUGCUCUCAAUUGCACUCAAUACGCGAGCCAAAGGGGGCGUGUGUUUCUUGCCGGAGAUGCAGCUCACAUUAUGCCUCCGACAGGAGGGAUGGGUGGGAACACGGGCAUACAGGACGCAUAUAAUCUUGCGUGGAAGCUCGCGUAUGUGCUCAAAGGGCUGGCCGACGCUUCGCUGUUGAAAACAUACACCAUAGAGCGCCAACCCGCUGCAGAAAGCACGAUGCAGCAGGCAUUCUCCCGUCUUGUCAACAGAGUCCUGGAGGACAAAGCUGUUGUGCACGAUGAAGAACUCCCAGAUGAAGUAUGUGAAGUGGGGUAUUGCUACCGGACUGGAGCUUUUGACUUCGGCAACGGGAAGGAUAAGGGAACUCCUAAGGCGUGGGAUAAUCCUCACAAACCCAAUCCUGUGACUGGCUCACGUCUUCCCCAUAUCAAUCUUAUUGAUCGUACGAGAAAUGACAAAGCUAUAUCAUCCCUUGACCUCGUCCGCGUCCAUUUUAUCUUGCUAACCGCGGACUCUUCAUCACCGUGGCUUCCGGCAGCUGCCGCGCAGGCUGUAACCGUUGAUGCGUUUGAACUCUCGCAGACCUCCAACCUAAUCGCCGACCCAGACGGUCGCUUCAGAAGGUUAUGCAGUAUGGAUGAUGGAGAGGCUAUACUGGUUCGACCUGACGGGUUAAUCGCUUGGCGCGGCAAGGCAUCUUGUGAAGGACACUCGGAGACCCUUGCGGCGGUUUUGAGUAAAAUCUUAGGAUUACGCAGAUAG